AUGAGCGAUAGCCCACCGGACGAUAUUGAGUCGCGCUAUCUUUACGUGCUAGAUGAAGCGGAACGUCUGCGCGUACACAUCGCUUGGAUGCACUCAUACCAGCAAUACUGGGGACAGUUCGAUUCUAUGACGGUGUACUUACGGCAACAAUCUUGGGAGUUCAUGCGGAUCAACAUCCAGUACGUUACGGACACUUGGGCACAUUUAACCACGCUGAUCAACAGCAAUGAUCCACCGGAGCUGAGGGCGCUGUUGCACGGCCUGGAACAGUUUCGAUCCAAAUGGGACACGGCCAAAACAUUCCUGGAGAGUGUCAUCCAAAGAUCGGAGCGUUUGUAUACGUCGGGAUUAGUUGUUUGA